GUCUGAAUAUUUCGCCUCGAAGAAUCAAAGAUUAGAAAGAAUGGCACAAGACAGUAUUUAUCAUUACAGAUUACCAGCAGUUAGAUUCAUCCCUCUCGUUAAUGUUAUUCUCUUCGUGGAUGGAAUAUCAACAAUUAUACUCUGGAUUUUAGGUGGUCGAUCUCACUACUUGGAAAAUGAUGUCCUUAAGUGGUGUUUUUGGCGGUCAACCUUUGACCUCGCAGCAUUUUGUACAAUGAAAACCUGCAUUCUCAUAGUUAUUUACCUGACAAUGGAGUCAAUUGCCCUUAAGCAGAUUGAUGAUCUUAACAAUUUUAACCUCAAAAGGAAAAGAGAGCUAUUGCACCUGAUCAGCUUUUUAAUCUCUGGACUCUGGGUUGCAUAUACCAUGGCCAAAGGAAUUACAAUUCUGAUAACACAGAGCUAUAAAGAGAUGCACCUAACUUUCAAGAUUGUUUGUAUUUCUACCCUGGUCUUCAGCCUGAUUGAGUUCCCCUUUUGUGUUUUUUGCAACAGGUUCCUGAGAAGGCUUCAAAUCUUUCGUAUUGUGCAUAGCAUUGAUGAAGAUACUGAGAAAAAGAAUAAAGCUGAUCUUAAGCGCCUCUUUUCUUUGGCUAAAGAUGAAAUACUCCUUUGCGUUGGUGGGAUGCUGGCACUAGUGGUCUCCUGUCUUUCGCAGAUAGUGGCUCCAUUUUUCUUUGGCAAGGUCAUUGACACUGUUAUGGAAUCAAUGGAGGAUCUUGACAGAAUGAUUCUUAUUCUCUUUGGCAUAUACGUUGGUGGUGCUGCUUGUUCAUUUAUCCGUGCCUACGUUUUUGUUCUUGCGGGACACCGGCUGGUUGCCAGACUGCGUAAAAGGCUUUUUGCUUGCAUUCUAAAGCAAGAAAUUGCAUUCUUUGAUGAGAACAGAACUGGUGAAUUGACGAAUCGCUUAUCCUCUGAUACUCAGAUCAUUCAGAGCACUUUAACAGUGAAUCUGUCCAUGUUGCUAAGAUACACAUUUCAAAUAAUAGGUUCUAUAGUUCUUAUGUUUGUUGUAAGCCCAGCGUUGACUGGAGUGCUGCUGGCCUCUAUCCCAGUUGUAGCAAUUGGAGGUGUCCUAUAUGGAGAGUUUGUGAAGCGAUUACGAAAAAGAUUUCAGGAUGAAUUGGCAGCUGUUGGUGCAACGGCAGAAGAGACCAUCUCUAACAUUCGUACUGUGAGGACUUUCUGUAGUGAAAAGAAAUCUGAAGAACAGUAUGACAAAGGAAUAGAUAAAAGUUAUCUGAUUGGAAAAAAGUUGGCUUUGGCAGAAGGGUCAUUCAAUGGGCUGGUGCUUACUAUCUCACAGGGUGCAAUUGUGCUUGUGUUGUGGUAUGGUGCAAAGCUGGUCUAUGAUGGAAGGCAUGGAAAAUCUGGAAUCUCUUUUGGAACUCUGGCAUCCUUUAUGGUAUAUUCCAUUAAUGUUGCAAUGGCAUUUGGAAUGUUAGCGUCUCUUUACGGUGACUUCAUGCAAGCUGUUGGAGCGUCUAUCCGUAUUUUUGAGCUCUUGGAUCGUAAGCCAAAAAUUCCCCAUGUGGGUGGGAAUCGUUUUGCUUCUCUUGAAGGCAGACUUGAGUUCCAGAAAGUGAGCUUUGCAUACCCAACAAGGCAGGCAUCCCAAGUUUUGAAGGAAGUAACCUUUGCUGUUGAACCAGGUCACAUGGUCGCAUUGGUUGGCCCAUCAGGUGGAGGAAAAUCAACAAUCGUUAAUCUAAUUGAGAGAUUUUAUGAUCCAGAUUCUGGAAGAAUAUUACUUGGAGGAUGUGAUCUACAAAGCUUGGAUCCACAAUGGUUCAGGCAGAAGAUUUCAACUGUCAGUCAGGAACCCACAUUGUUUGCAACAUCAAUAAAAAACAAUAUUACGUAUGGAAAAGAGGUUAACAUAGAGGAGGUAGUUGAUGCUGCCAGAAAGGCAAAUGCUCAUGAUUUCAUUAUAUCGUUUGAGAAUGGAUAUGACACAAUUGUAGGAGAGCGUGGAAUCAGACUUUCAGGAGGCCAAAAGCAGAGGAUUGCUAUUGCUAGAGCUCUUGUUAUGGAUCCUGUUCUGCUGCUGCUUGAUGAGGCUACAAGUGCAUUGGAUGCAGAAAGUGAGCACCUCGUACAAGAGGCCAUUGAUCGGGUUAUGCAAGAGAGAACGGUUUUGGUAAUUGCACACAGGCUUUCAACUGUAAGAAAUGCCUCUAAGGUGAUUGUUGUUGACCAUGGAAGGAUAGUGGAAUGUGGUACCCAUAACAGCCUUUUAGAGAAGGGAGGAAUCUACAAGAAAUUAGUGUUUCACCAACUGACCGCAGGCUCAAUAGAGUUUGGAGGUGAUUUCCAGGAAAGUGUCUCUUUGAAUGGUACGCAGACAAAAGAUACCACAAUCCCUGAGAGAAUAUUGGAGCCAUACAGCUACUGAUGAGGAGUGGAAUGAAUUGUGUUGGACAUGCAGGGAAGUUGUCAAAAAUGUCUUUUAGUGAAUAAUAAACAAAUGAAAUUCAUGUGACAAGUACUGUUUGUAACUAAGCUUCCCUUGACCAUUUGUAAAUUGCUUGAUUGUAAUUUUACAUGCAUUCAGUUAUUAAUUUCCAUCUUAAAUCUGAAACAUGGAGGCUUGCCAUGGAGUUUGUUGGCUGCUAGAUAUCUGGACUAAAUCAGUUUCAAACUACAUUUGCAAUAAUGCUGCAUUGAAAAGUAUUUCUGUCUCCCAUACGGAAGCUCUUGUUGUCAGCCACCUCAUGCAAUGUGUCUUAGAAUAAAAUGGGAAACCUGAAUUAUUCUUCUGUGGAAAUCCAAUUCACAUUGAAUGACGGAAUGUAAGUUGCUUUCUUGUUUGCUCUAAUUUAGGGGUGUUACAUUUGUGAACUGAUCACUACAUUUGAUAUCAUUAUCCACACAUAAUAUUGAUAGAGAUGGGUGUAAAAUAGUGCUGCAAAUCACAGGGUAGUUGUGCAGUUGUAGUGAAGCUUACUGUCUACGUUGAGCUUGCAAGCAAUUGCUAUAAAUUGUAAUUGUACAUUUUUGUUUGAAACAAAACUUGUUUUGAAAAAAAUUAAGAAUUAGGGUGUGGCACCUAAAGAGAUAUUGAAACUAUCUAGUUUUUGGGAUUUGUUUUCUCUUUCUCCGUUAUUGCACCCUACUCAGUACCAAUCUAUGGGCUUCAGCCACCAUUUGGCACCAUGGACAUGUGCAUUUAUAAUGAUUGUCAGCAGCCUACUCAAUUAUCACAGAUGAACUGAUGCUGUCUGCAAUUCCAGCACAGAUCACUAUAUAAUGAUUAAAGAGCAGACCCCUCACCACUAGCAAUUGUCCCUAAUCUAAGAUUCAUUUGUAGUGCCCUUAUCACUGUGGCAUCAGAGAUCGAUCAAGUCAGUACAUAAUCAAGAAUCAACUGACCUGAUCUGUACAGUUUAGCUACUCAGUUGAUAGGUUCACUGAGUUAUCCCUCAUUUUAUUAUAGUUGAGCUGUGCUUAUGUGGUACUGUUAGUCUCCCUAGUGAAAAGCUGUUUGAAUUACUUAAACAAUUGGAUCCAAAUAUUUAGCAAAAUACAUUAAAACCUAGAAGUAGUAGUUUUUAAUAAAUUAUAAAUUUUAAUUUGGAUAUUGGAAAAAAUUGUAGAAAUAAUUUGUAAUGAGUGUUAUGAUAUCUAAACUAACUGAUUAUUUAGCACUAAAUUAUCUUACCCAAGUUGCACUCCUCUGCAUUGAAUUUUCUUGCUGAUUAUAUAGUAUGAAUUGUCUGUUUCCAAUGCUUUCUCAGAGUUGGGGACGAACCUCACAUCAUGAGUGUCUGAUAUAAUCUUAAUUAACAUUUAAAUCAAGAAAACAUUUUAAAAGUUAAAUAGUGAGUAUUGUGUGAGAUUAUAUGAUACGCACUUUAUAUAUAAAAUGCAAAUCUGUGUUGGUAUGGUGCUAGUUUUAAAUUUUAGAAAAUGAAGUUCGUAAAUGAGUAACCAUAAAUGUGUGGUAGUGAAGAAUAUAUUAUAAUAAAUUUUCACUAAUAUAUGAAAUGUCUACAGAGUUGUUUGAAAAUUGGUUGUAAGUUGUUGAAUUUAAUGGCAAUUGAGUUAGUCGUUUACACAAAAUUCUUCGUUCGCAAGUAGUGUUAGCCUGACAUCUCCAUUUGAAGGAAAUUUAUUUGAAUUUAUUCUAUGACUUGUAAGGAUUGUGACUGUAUCUACUUUAAAGGUGUUAUGUGUUAAUUGUGUAAACAUACCAGAGAAUUGCAUUUUUUUUGCUCUAACUCCAAGUAUAUUCUGGACUUUUACAUUUAAAAUUCUAGGUGUUUUAUUCUUUCAUCUGACACAUCCUUUAUUUUUUCACAUCAUUGCUCCCAAUGUUUGUAAGUCUGAUAUCGUUAUCAUAUGUCAAAGUUAAAAAUCAUUUCCAGUCCCUGGUCCUGUUCUGCAAUUUGUAAAUACUUCUGGUAUUGUAAUCUGCUUAAAUCUCCCAUUUCACCCAAAAAAUGAAGGGAUAGUAAUCCACAGAAACAUCAAUGUCCUGCCUGUUAGAACUGGUAUGGUUUUAAAAUGUGCAUAGCAAUAUUUAAGUGUACUAAAUUUCUCUCUCGAUACUUCUUUUGAAUAUGGAAUUAACCUGAAAGAAUGCAUUUGGCAGAGUCUACAUGUUACCUUGCUCUCUGCAGGUUUCACAUCUUUCCCUGUGUUGUGCAGUAAAAGCUAAACAUGAGUAAUAUUCAGGACAUUUGACGCAGUCGUCACCUUCUUAAAUUCUCGACCCCUUUUAAGUGAUUCUGGUCAAGUUAUGUUCUUGAGUCAGUGAGGUAGAAGAGAGAGAAAUUACAGGCAUUUUUAAUCAGUUAUGGAAAAUGUAUAUUCUACUUGCAAUCAAAUCCACUCUUUUGCAAAUAACAUUUGCUGCACAAAAAUCUCUGCCUUGAGUCAUAACAUAUCUCUGGGUUUAUUUUACAGGCAAGAGAGUUCUAAAUUUAAACUCCGUUCCAAUAAUUUCUUUUUAAAAAAAACAGUAAUAUAUUAUAAGAUUUAUUUCCUGUGAAUUGUUUACCUGAGAACAUUGUUUUGCUGACAUUUUGUACAGAUGUGUAUUAAUAUCUGUAUAAUUGCAUGUUGUUAUAGCUAUUAUUUAUGAUUCAUGACUGUUUCAUUUGUGUUAUAAUUUCAGUGAACUGCUGAUUUUUUCACAAAUAAGGAAGCAAGCUAGCUUGUGUAUAAAUUGAACUGUAUAGCCUAGUGAUUAAAAAAUUUGAGGGUAACCUCUAAUUUUGGGCUUGAAAACCAGAAAAUAAUUCCCUAAUUGGAUACAACUCUAUAUAUAGUCUGGUAUCAGUUUUUCAACAUUUCUGAAACAUCGAUGUUUAAUUUGUGCAGUAUCUUAGACCAUAUUUCUAAUGACGAAGAUUUGUAUUUUUCAACAUUAUUUUAAACAUAAGUGCCUGUAACUGUGCUAUCAUUAUUGUGCACUGGUUAACUGAUUGCAAAAUAAAUUC